AUGGUAUUCGGUCAACAAGUAAUCUCAUACUCUCACAUGUAUUGCAUGCAUUCUCAAUUUUCCAAGUGUAACCGGCAGGUGCCAGUUUCUUCAAUUCCCCCAUGAUUUCACCUGCAAUAAAUACUUAUACAACCCCCACCCCACCACCUUCAUACAAUACGGCUCACUGCUUCACCACAACACAACAGCCAUGGACGGUGAUCCUUUUGGUUAUUGGGACUUAUUGUGCGAUAAUCUCAUCCCUCCUGAAGUGUUUUACAAGGGUGUCUAUUAUAGCUUCAUCGGUAGCGGCUUGUAUUUAACAGCAGAGGUUUUCCGGCGAGAAAUCGAAGGUGAUGUUACUGGGGACAAUUCGCUUGAGUGGUUAUUAAUAGACAUACUUAAUGGACCCGGUCAAAUGGAAUGGGAACCCUUACUGGAUGAUGAGGGUUCUUCUUAUAAUGAUGAAAAUAGCAUGCGGCGACAAAGUGGUGUUACUCCCUCUAUAGAUCAUGGAUUAAAUGAACAUGUGGUUGAGGAGCUAACUCUGAAUGAGAUCUUUGGCAAUACAGAUAAUCAAGGACUAGUACCUGUAGUUGAAGCAUGUCGAAGUUCAAACGUUGUAUCCAAUGAGUGUUGUGUCAAAGCUAAGGAAGAUGAUACACAUGAUUUCGCCGCCACAAAUGAUCCUGUUGAGCCGUUGUCUCUUGUCAAUGGAAAGAAAAAUGAGGAAGGAGAUUCCUGUAGCCAAGAUGCUUAUUUGUAUGAUUCUUCUUCCUUUGAUUUAGGAAACAAAGAUGAUGGUGUAAUUUCUGCCUUCAAUUUUAAUGAAUAUCAUGAAGCUCCAUAUCGCGAUGAGAUGCGAGGGGUGACUACUGGGGGCAAUUUAGUGCUUCAAACUAUGCCACAUCCCGAAAGAUUGAUGCCGUCUUCAACUCCAGCCAGGAUUGAGGAUACAGAUGUUCUAGGGCCACAUUCAUUAGCUCAAACCGUUCCAAGAACAACAGAAAUUGCAUCAAAUGAGCAUGGUGGAGACGUUUACGUGCCAGGUGGAAGCAAUCGUCGCCCAGAAAUCUGGUACCCUUUGUACAUGAAGAGCUUUCCCAUUUAUCCUUCAUUUUGUUCCAAAAAUAAGGGGGCUUCCACUAGUCAAGAUGUCAAUAUGCAUGAUUCUUCUCUUAAUGGUAAAGGAAAUGAAGAUAAGAAUAUGAUUUCUCUCAGGAAUCUAUAUGAACACCAUGAACUUUCGAAGAACGAUGAUUCAAAAGGAACGAUUACUGGAGGCAAAUUACCAGAAGGAGAUUAUUGGUGAUAGAAGCAUGAGGAAAAUAGAGCUGGUCACGAGGAGAAAAAGAAAGGAGAAGUAGCAAGUCUCGAUAAUCAGCAUCAAGAUAUUGAAGCAAGAUGACGUAAGUUGAAGGAAUAUAGCAAGAAUUAGAGUAAGAAGAUACCAGGUUCAUUCGGUUUUGUUUGAAGUAUGAUUUAAAUAUUCAGAAUUGGAUUGGAUACGGGUGGUUGUGCACUUGUGCAAGGAUUGACUUUUGAGGUAAAUUUGAAGUUAAUGGAGUCUGUGGAUAAACUUUCGAAUCCAUAUUUGAACUAUGCAGUCAUAGAUUAAAUAUUGGGUUAAAAAAAAAGGUUGUACGGUGGAAGAAAAAAAAAAAGGGGAACCAGGUAGCCUAGCACCUCUAAAGGCCAUACUUAUUGUCAAAGAAAGAGAAGAAAGCAAGACAAAAUAAGUAAUCCAGGAAGAAGUGGGGGGCUGAGUUAUUUUGCAUGUGCUAGUAUUUCCUUAUUAUAAAUAAUAGAGUAGUAGAAGUUCUGUAUACCACUUUUCAUAUUAAUAACAAGCAAGAGUUAGAAAGCUUAUUAUUUCUUUGUGUUGUGAUCUUUGUGUUGUGAUCUUGGGUCUGAAACCAACAUUUGGUAUCAGAGCAAGGUUGAUAACGGGAGCCGGUUUGAGAGUCGGUUUCGAGUAAGAGAGCAGCCCUUUGGCUGUAGCGCUGUAGAUGAAGCGGAAGAAUUAGGUUCGAAGGAAAAAGCAAGGGCUGAUCCUGAAGAAAGCGAUCAGCUGAAAGAAAGCAAGUGGGUAAUUUGUAGCUGAUCAUCGGAAUGUAAAAGGAAUGUAAAAGGAACAGCAAUUAAGAGAGAGGAUUUUAAAAGUUUGAUGAAGCAGGCACACAGGUGAAGAAAAUAUGUGGCUGGAUUCAAUCGAAAAGAAAGUAAGCAUGCAAGUAGGUGAAACAGGCACAUACUUCAUUUUUUUAUUCAAGUCAGCAAGCAAGAAGAUACGUGAGUUAAUUUCACGGUCUGAAAUCGAACGGAGAAUUGAAGCAAGAUCAGCAAGAUGAAAGUUUCCGGAUAGCAAGUUACGGAAACAAGAGCAAGAGUCGAAUCGGAUCUGUGUGAACCGAUCAAGCAAGAUAAGCAAGAACAUAAGUGUUUUCAGUAUGAAAGAAAGAACGAAAGAAAGAAAGAAGAGGCGCCACAAGAAAGAAAGAAAGAGGCCGGCGUCGCUUAGCAAGAAAGAAAGAAAGAAGGUCUCGCAAGAAAGAAAGAAAGAUACCGGUGCAGUUAGAAAGAAAGUGCACGCAUCGGUAAGAAAGAAGAAAGAAUAGGCGUCGAUUAGAAAGAAAGAAUGAAAUCGACAGCCCGAAGAAAGAAAGAAAGCCGAAAGAUAGCAAGAGACCGGACCCGUGUGGUUCGUAGCAAGUAGCAAGAUCGGACGUUGUGUUCGAAUAGCAAGUUAGAAAGAAAGAUGAUUCGAAGCAAGCAAGUAAGAACAAAUUCGAAUCAAGCAAGAAAGUUGCAAGUUUAGUAAGAUAACCGUUUCCGGUUAAAGCAAGAAAAAAUGAAAGAACACAAGCAAGCAAGAACGAAUUAGCAAGUAGAAAGAACCGAAUCAAGAUUACGGGGGUGAAUGUUGGGUAAUCUUGAUGUUGCGGGUUAUUUACGGGUCAAGUUCGGAUCGAGUACGGAUCAAGUCGGUUACCGGGUUUAUUUAAAUGGGUUAGCAAGUUGUCGGGUCACAUGUGAUGGGUCUUGGAGUCAAUUUAGCAAGCCAGAUAAUGAGUAACAAAGUGGUCAGAUUUGACCGAGUUCUAUGGCAACGUGGUGACCAAGUAUAUGAGAAAUGACGUUGGAAUCAUUGCUACAAAUCAGGAAGAAGUGGGGGGCUGAGUUAUUUUGCAUGUGCUAGUAUUUCCUUAUUAUAAAUAAUAGAGUAGUAGAAGUUCUGUAUACCACUUUUCAUAUUAAUAACAAGCAAGAGUUAGAAAGCUUAUUAUUUC